AUGGAGGGCCCAGACUUGUCAAACGUGUUUCGAGUUCCGCAGCCAGGGUUGAAAGCCGCGGAUAUCGCAGUGAGUUUACGGCGUGUGGUCGACCUACCACGGCUGCAUGUCGCUUAUGCCUGUGGUAUCAGCGCUUGGUGCGGAACUCGCAUCGAAAGCCGAACCCGGGAUCUCAUCCGAGUGACUCCGACCCCCCGAGAGAAAAAGACUUGGUCUGCGGACAAGUCAUCCGUCUCACGAGCAGAUUCCUUGGUGGUGGUGGAGGAGGAGGAGAACCUGAUGAAGGUCGACGGGUUUUUCGACGUGGGUGAUGGUGAUGAUGAUGGUGAUGGGGGGUACGGAGGUCGUUUUGAGACCUUGAAGUCUAAGAGGGAUAGAUCCAUGUUGGGUGUAGUUGGUAGUGGUAGUGGUGAUAGCGGGUUGAGCAUUUUAGAGAAAAGAGAGAAGAGGGGUGGUGGUGGUGGUGGCUGCGGGGCAAGAGUCGGAAUGUUCUUAAGGGGCUCGGGCAUAGGGCAUAUUAUUGAUUGCGAGAGGAGUAAGAACGCCGUUCACUCCCGUACAAUCUAUGCACGCCUUACCAUACACGGUCCAACCACUAAGCCUGGAUCCAUUCCGCUUUUUGCCUAA